AUGACAAGAACAGAUUUCGGCGGCUCACCGGUGAUAAACAACGAUCAUUGGUUGUACUGGGGUGAACGACAAGUUAGCCUUGACGACUCGGGCGGCCCAGUAACGAUACGGGUCAUCGAACAAACAGAAUUCCUCGAUGACGAAACAUACGAGCCGAUUGCUGGCCCUUCGACAUCGGAACCCUAUGCGAAACGAUGUUGCCAGAUACGGCUGGAGAGUAGAGACAAGCUCAUAAUUUUCUGGAACGAAUUGACAUGCAAUCAAUGUAAUAAUCUGUUCCAGGAGCAGCUUGGUCUCGAGGCCGAGUUUGACCAGCAUGUCCUUCCCGAUGGAAAAUGUACAGUAGACGUUUUUAUAUACGUGUUUGAUUCGAGCAAAACUGAAGGAAGGACAUUUGAGAGUCAAUGUUCCAUUGCCUCUACAAUCCUGACGAAUGUUCUCAAAACGAAGAAGCCUGUUGUGAUAGCGUUCAGCCAGGCGGAUAACGCGGUUGAAGAAGCGCGAAAGGCUCUUCAUGGCCUCCUAAUAAAGAAGGAGCUGAAGAGUACGCACAUCACAGUG